AUGUUCAGGUUCCGUCGUGUUGGCCCUGUAUUUGUAUCAAUAUGCUCGUCUUCAAAGCUAGUGGAACCUCGAGCAUGCGUCCGGAUGCCUAGUCCUCGUCUUCUAUCACGUCGUUUCUCAAAUACCCUACGAUACACUCAAACAAGCGACUGGGACAGCGUCCGAUUCGACACUGUAAAACGACGUCGUACACCUGGAGCUCCACUACUGAGCGCUGAAGAGAAGGCCAAUGUUGUUGCCUGUAGGCAAGCAAUCGAGGAGGGCGAAUCCCCAGAGACGCUCUUUCGAUCCAAGCUGGACGCUGGAACUCUCUCGAGGCCAGUAGCUUCUAUAUGCCUAGUGGAAGCCAACCACAGGAAUCAGGUCGCAGCAAAGCUCGGGCAGGCUGCGUUGACAUGGCUUUGGGAUCAACGAGAUGACCUCAUAUACCCGGACGAUAACGACCUCGUAUUUGCAAUGACCGAUUUGCUAGUGCGUGAGGGCAACGAAGAAGAAGUUUGGGAUUGGAUUAGAUGCAGGUCACAUCGAUCAAAAGAUCUACCCUUCUAUGUGCGCCACGAAUGGCGAGCUACAGCCUUGAAGGGUCUGGUAAUGUCCAAAACGAAGCUGUCCACGAACGGAUCCCUUGAUGAAGCGAUUGAGGCGUUCCUCCGAUCAGGAAGCAUGUCUGUACCCGAUGGAGGUUCAGAAUCAUGGCUGAAAACGCAUUUAUCGUGGUUCAUCCCGCUUCAAGCACACGAGAGAAGCCCAUCAAUCAAUGGAGGCAGGCGUUGGACACACAGCUGGCCCAAUACCAACAUGCGAUUGUAUCACAGAGUUGUCGUAACACUUAUUAGCAUGCACUCGACUUCUCGAUUGGAUCUCGCGAAGUUUGCUAUGUAUCAUAUUCGUGUACCCGAUCCUGAGCCUAUCAUGAACGAGUUCCAAGAUGCCCUGGAGAAUCCGAACCAUGCGCUGCACACCCUGAGAUUGAGUACUACGAUGCACUCAAUGCGACUGACUGCUGAACAUGCUUCUGAUGAACUGAGGCGAUUUGGAAGAUACAACGAUGCAGCUCUGCUCGAUGCUGCGCGAGAGAAAAUCCUCCCUUCAACUGGAGCGUAUGGAGAUCGUGCAGACAGAGAAAGCAUCUUCGCACAAGGCAAACCUGCGAAAAAGUCACCGUUUCCAAAGUUCAAAUGA